CGUGAGAAGGAGGAGAUUGAAAAGUACCGAAUGGAACGGCCCAAAAUCCAGCAGCAGUUCUCGGAUCUGAAAAGAAAACUCGCUGAAGUCACCGAGGAGGAAUGGCUGAGCAUCCCCGAAGUCGGCGACGCAAGGAACAAACGCCAGAGGAACCCGCGUUACGAGAAGCUGACUCCUGUCCCCGACAGCUUCUUCGCCAAGCACUUGCAGUCCGGGGAGAACCACACAUCUGUUGACCCCAGACAGACGCAAUUUGGAGGUCUGAACACACCCUACCCUGGAGGCUUAAAUACCCUUAUCCAGGUGGGAUGACUCCUGGGCUGAUGACCCCUGGCACAGGUGAGCUGGACAUGAGGAAGAUCGGCCAAGCAAGGAACACCCUGAUGGACAUGAGACUCAGC